UGGGGGCGGAGACUGGAGUCCAGAGUCUAGGGUCUUUGGCUGAACCUGGGGGCUGAAGCUGAACGCGCCCAGAGGAGAAAGCAGCCCACACAGGUGAAGGCACUUGCCCAAAGUCACACAGCAGGGUGAACCUGUUUGCAGUAGGCAUGUCAGAAGACGAGGGGGCUCAGGCCCCCGGACCCAGCUUGUCGGAGCAGGAUCAGCAGAGCGUGGUGCAGCGCGUGGCUGCCCUUCCCCUGAUCAGGGCCACGUGCACCGCAGUCUCCGAGGCUUACAGCGCCGCCAAGGACAGACACCCGCUGCUGGGCUCCGCCUGCCGCCUGGCUGAGCACUGCGUGUGUGACCUGACCACCCGAGCCCUGGACCAUGCCCAGCCACUGCUCAGCCACCUGCAGCCCCAGCUGGCCACAGUGAAUGAUCUUGCCUGCAGGGGCCUGGACAAGCUGGAAGAGAAACUGCCCUUUCUCCAGCAACCUUCAGAGACGGUGGUGACCUCGGCCAAGGGUGUGGUGGCCAGCAGCGUGACAGGCAUGGUGGGCCUGGCCCGGCAGGGCCGCCGCUGGAGUGUGGAGCUGAAGCGAUCCGUGAGCCAUGCCAUGGAUGUCGUGCUGGAAAAGUCAGAGGAGCUGGUGGACCACUUCCUGCCCAUGACUGAGGAGGAGCUCGCGGCGCUGGCUGCGGAGGCUGAGGGCCCGGAAGUGGGCUCGGUGGAAGAGCAGCGGAAACAUCAGGGUUACUUCGUGCGCCUGGGUUCCCUGUCCACGCGGCUCCGCCACCUGGCGUAUGAGCACUCUCUGGGGAAACUGAGGCAGAAGAAACACCAUGCCCAGGACACGCUGGCCCAGCUGCAGGAGACCUUGGAGCUGAUCCACCGUAUGCAGUGCGGAGUGACCCCCAUCACCCCGGCCCGCCCCGGGAAGGUGCACGAGCUAUGGGAGGACUGGAGCCAGCGCCCCCUAGAGAACGGCCGGAGGCGUCACAGCCAGGCGGAGCUGGAGACCCUGGUGCUGUCCCGCAAUCUGAUGCGGGAGCUGCAGAGUACCGUGGAUGCACUGGAGACCAGCGUGCGGGGCCUGCCCCCCAGUGCCCAGGAGAAGGUGGCCGAGGUGAGGCGCAGCGUGGACGCCCUGCAGGCCGCCUUUGCCGACGCCCGCCGCUUCGGAGACUUGCCUGCGGCCGUGUUGGCAGAGGGCCGGGGUAGCAUGGCCCGGGCCCACGCGUGCGUGGACGAGCUGCUGGAGCUGGUGGUGCAGGCCAUGCCCCUGCCCUGGCUGGUGGGGCCCUUCGCGCCCAUCCUCGUGGAGAGGCCCGAACCCCCGCCUGACCUGGAGGCCCUGGUGGACGAGGUCGUCGGCGGGCCUGACCCCCGCUGGGCGCACCUGGACUGGCCGGCCCAGCAGAGAGCCUGGCAGGCCCAGCACGGGGAGGGAACGGUCCUCUCGGGGAACAUUCCCGAGGAGGAACCUGAGCCCCCCAGCCGCCCUAAACACACUCUGAUGCCUGAGCUGGACUUUUGACCCGAUGGAGGCCGUCCUGCAGCCCGAGAUCCCUGCUGCCCCCUAGCGGCCAUGCGUCAGCACUACUAGCCGAAGCAUUGGUCUUGGCUCGUGCCUGGAGUUGGGGACCCAACUCUGAAUCCUAGACUGAGGUCAUUGAUGUCAGAUCGCCCCCAGUCUUUCCCAUAUAAGGACUUGAACGUAACUCAGGCUGACUAGCCCCAAGCUGGUUUCACUGGCUGUGGUUCCCAUUGCUCCACCCUAAGAAGCUGAUCAAAACUCCCCAGGGGAUCACAUGUUUUGCCCAUGUGAUAGAAGCAUAGAGGCACAUGCUUCUGUCUGGAGCUUUGAAAAGUGAGUGAGUGUCCUUUUCCUCCCCCAGCUUUUCCAUCUCAGACUGAGGGGUCCUCAGCUGGACCCGCCACCCCCACAUGCUUAGCCAUUUGGCAUUUACUCUCCAGAAUAAAGAGUAUUGGUGUUGUCCAGAG